GACGUGAUGACUUCUUCUCUUCUCGUGUCUUCUGAUAUUGUCCCUCGAAACCACAGGCGGGCGCCAACAAUGAGCAGCGAAUCCCCCGAAAUCCCCUUCUCGGAAGAGAGAAGCUCCACAGUGUGCCAUCUCUGUCGACAGCGCAAGACGAAAUGUGACAGGCGGCUCCCCAAUUGUUCUUUCUGCGCCAAAGCAAAGGUUCGUUGCCAGUAUGUGACCAAGACGAAGAAACGCGGUCUUCGUGCUGGCUACGUAUCGCAACUCGAAAAUCGCCUGGAGACCCUGGAGCAAGAAGUCGAGAAGUUCAAGCACGAACGAACAACGUCCUCGACGGCGACCCCAAAUCCCAUCCUCAGCCCUCCCCUCGCAGCGACAUCUUCCCCCCACCAACCCAUUGACAUAUCGCCACCACAACACUCCAUCUCCAAUACUCCGUCUGUCUCCCAUGUGGAGCUACCGAAAUCCAAUGCGACACAGGCAGAAUCAGAUGCUGCCGUUGCAGACUUGACGACCCUAUCCCAUGCAUACCUUCAUACCUUGGCCGACUCGUGGUUCAAGGAAACUCAACCAUGGUACCCUAUAUUAAGCCGCCAACACAUCCAGGAUGCCCUUGACGCCCUCCCUCUGCCUCUGACACACAUCGAUGACGUGGUUCUCAAGGCCGUUAUUGCCCUUCAGAUAGCAUACUCGAGUCAGGCCAUCUGUUUGGGAUACAACGGGAGAUAUCGACUUUCACAGUACCUCAGGUCGCAGGUAGUGAAUGAGGCCUUCUCCAAAGCAUCAUUGAAAUCACUCCAAGCACUCUUGAUCAUUGCCAUCUUGGACUAUGGCUCGGACAACAUCCCCAGUACGUUCAGCAUACUCGCUGUCUGCCGGCGCAUGUGCGAAAACAUUGGCCUUUUCCGCAAGCUGUUGAAUCAGAUGCAGCUGCAGAGCCCUGCACAAGUCGGCCCUCCAGCAAUAGGCAGCAACACCGGGGAUGAACUGGCGAUCCCUUUGACCUGGUCCUCGCUUGCCAUGGACGCCGUUUCGACCUUGGGCAUCUCAUGGCGGGACGUGUCGGCUGCCGUGAUGGACCACUUGUCGAGCGUUGCCUAUGUGAGCACGCCGGACCUCAGGGACAGCUUCCGCAGCCACACGCAUCUCGCCGCGAUCGGCCUGCAACCUCUCCACAACUUCCUCUACGACCAUGAGCAGGGGAGAUAUGAUCAAGCAAAGGGCCAGGCAUUUGCCACGUGUGACGAGAUAUACCACAACCUCAUGAACUAUGUCCGUGCCCAGCCAGCCACCAGCUAUACGUUGCUGGCAGAUGGACUGAUCGACUUUGAUCCCAACCUCGUCCUCACCAGCAUCCUGUCCCAUGCGAGUGUCAUCAUCCUCUACGCGCGCCUUAUCGAGGCGGAUGAAACUUCGUGCAACGAGAUUCCGCUGCAGCGAUGCCUCCAGGCGUGCGAGGACAUCGUGCUGGCGCUUCGCAGCAUCAGCGACGCGGACGCCGAACUCAGCACGCCGGUCCUCGGGACCAUGCUCUUCGUCGCCGCGCGGUUCAAGCUGGUCAUCUACCGCAAGAUGAACCAGCAGCGGCGCGAACCCAUCUUCGACACGCUCAUGCACGGCAUCAGCAUGUGCGGGCGCCGAUGGUCCGUGGCUCGCAGGCAGGACCUGGUCCUCCGCGCUGCCAUCGUCGAGGUCGACACGGGCAACGACGCGUUGUUGCCUGCGUCCUUCUGGAAUGUGAAGAAGAGCCACUUGGACAUCUCGGAGGAGCUGAAGGAGUGGGUCGCGGAUCACCAGCAGUCGCUGUACAUCGGCUCGCUGAAUGGGCCGUAUGUAUAACUCGGGGCGUCAAAUGACCGUUUCCUGCUCGGAUUUUACAUGAGAAGCCAGCGCGCCACUGCCACAGCAACAGCAAUAUAUGCACACCAUUGAGAGCCGGCCCUCGAAGUUCUUUGUCUUUAUACACAGAUCGAUCAAUGCACUGUCUUCUCGAACAAGUGAUGAAUUCAUAGAUACAACUGCCAGCUUUGUCCUCAUCAGCAAUCACGAUCUUGCCCCUUUUUGCUGUUCAUGUAAAAGUCGUGAUUCAAUGGGCUAUUUCCCAUCGCGAUUAUUAUUAGUUCAGCCCCUCUCUGGCGCGAAAUGCACGAUGACAGGCCGCUUCAGCCGCCCCCCAGCGCCAGCGAGACUGGCAGCGUCGUUGGAGGCGAUGAAAUCGGCCUCCCAGGAAGCCGCGAGCAGAGAGAGGGUGCUGAACCCGUCGCGGACGGGACUGUCGUGGAGCACGAGGGCCUUGACGGCGACGCAGAUGAACGACAGGAGCGGGUUCACCAUCAGCAGCAGGAUCAGCAGCGGAUGGCGGCGCAGGGUCGGCACGGUCUUGAUGGAGAGGAUGUCGGCGGCGGCCUUGUCGUAGCCGGUCAGGGCGCGGAUCUCGGCGUUCUGGAUCCCCUGCGGCCGGACGAUGGUGUCGAGGCUGGAGGUGCGCGCCCACGCCAUGGCCGCCGCCAGCG